GGAGUCGCACAGGGCGAACAGCUGUACAGUCCCGUACAAGCGCGUGAAGUGCCGCUUCUUUCAGAUUCACUAGUCGAGAGAUUUGGAAUAGUCUUGAAAUAAACAUAAAAGGCAUACGGAUAAGAGAUCAAACCAACAAGUCUUCUUCGUGCGCAAAACAUGGAGAAGCAUAAAGUGCUGGCCCAGUUGCUGGGAGACCUGGCCCAGUUCCUAAAGCUCCUGGAUCAGGAGAAGCUGAGCGGGAAUGCCACCGUGCAGAAAUGCCUCCUCUCUGACCUGCUGCAGUCCUACACCUCCGCCAACGCUUGUGAUGAGGAGUAUAUCUACAUGAAUAAAGUCAUGGUGUGUGGACAAAAUCCAGAGAAAUCUGUCUCAGACAGAGAAGACACAACAGACAGCCUGACCAAUGGACAAGCAGGAAAGCACAUUCCUGCCCCCCAGAAGAGCCUGCCUGAUCUCCCCCAGACCAGAACGUGCUUGGGAAGAGACCCCCUCCCACUGCCCCUGCUGGAUUCUCCUGAGGGAUACUAUGAAGAGGCACAACCCUAUGACACAGCCACCAAUGAGGACUGCGAGGCUGUGAGCAGCUCGUACGAAUCAUACGACGAGGAGGAAGUGUCCAAAGGGAAGUCCUCCACGCCGCACCAGUGGCCGUCCACUGAGGCGUCCAUCGAGCUGAUGAAGGAUGCAAGGAUCUGUGCCUUCCUGUGGAGGAAGAAGUGGCUGGGCCAGUGGGCCAAGCAGCUGUGUGUCAUCAAGGAACAGCGCCUCCUGUGCUAUAAGAGCUCUAAGGAGCAGGCGCCACAGCUGGAUGUAAGCCUGGUGGGCUGCAGUGUGGUUUACAAGGAGAAGCAGCUGAAGAAGAAGGAGCACAAGCUGAAGAUAACCCCGGUGGGGGCGGAAGCCAUUGUCUUGGGCCUGCAGAGUAAGGAACAGACUCAACAGUGGCUGAAGACUAUUCAGGAGAUCAGCAGUAAACCUGUGGAAGGUACAGAGGUGGCCCCCUAUCCUUCAGACUCCCCACGUCUCAUCUGUACACAGGGUGAGCUGGGUGAGAGGUACUCUGUGGCAUCGGAAAGUGGCAGCAGCACAGACAGCCACACUGAAACUCCAGAGAGUAAAGAUGUUAAGAAGAAGCAUGGUCCAGGAUUAAAGUUCAGUAAUCUGAUGAACAUUGGAAAAAAGAAGACUUCAUCUUUGGAAAGUCCAGAAAAAUCAGUUGACACAACAGGUUUCCUGAAUGUACUGGUGAACAGCCAGUGGCGGGCACGCUGGUGUCAGAUUAAGAACGGGCAGCUGUGGUUCUACCAGGACAAGGCGAAGACCAAAGUGGCCCAGCAGCCCUUGCCUCUGGCCGGGUGUGUGGUGCUUCCUGACCCCAGCCCUUAUCAUCUGUACUCAUUCCGCAUCCAGCAGGAUGGAGAGCAGCUGGCCAUACUGGAGGCCAAGUCCUCAGCCGAUAUGGGUCACUGGCUAGGCCUGCUACUGUCACAGACCGGAUCCAAGACUGACCCAGAGGACCUGACAUAUGACUAUGUGGACUCGGACAGAGUAUCCUGCAUCGUGAACGCAGCCCGAACCUCCAUGUAUCUGAUGCUGAGGAGGUUUUCUGAACCAAAUGCCUACACGGACAAUCCCCCUGCAGUUUCCGAUGUCACAGAUGAUAUCUACGAUGACGUGGCUGCCACAGAGCCUGAGCCAGAGCUAGAGGAGAGCCAAGAGACUGGCCAAAAGGGACCCAGGGUGGAGCUGGGACUCAAUGCAGAGCAAGACACAGCAGACAGAUUGUACCUAGAUCUUAUCCCAGUCCGAUCAUUCCUCCACCCCUCCAGUGGUCACACGUCCCCCCAACAUCCCCGGGUCUCCAGCCCAACACAGCUCACAGAAGAACCAACACAGCCAAGUCAGGAUCCAGAGCCCCCACAGCCAUCAUGUAGCAGUACCAUCCCCCCUGUUCCAUCAAGAGCAGAACUGGAUCAGAUGUGUCCCAGUGUGCAGGUCCAAGCCCAGCCCCAGAACCCCACUAUCUCCAACACUGACCCCCAGAAACCUGCUCUCUCCACUGUGGACCCUCAGAAACCCCCUCUCUCCAAUGUAGACACCCAGAAACCCCCUGUCUCUUAUGCUGACCCCCAGAAACUCCCUAUGUCCAACAAGGACCCUCAGAAACCCCUCCUCUCCAAUGCUGACACGCAGAAAUCCCCCCUCUUCACCACCGAGGCCCAGAGGCGAUCGGGUUCUGGCGCUCCCAGCCCCCAGCAUGCCCGGAUCCACACUGAGGGUUCAGAGCGGACAAGACCCACCACUGCAGCAGGCUUGGGGUCGAUCGAGAUCAAGCUGGGAAAAAACAGAACGGAGGCAGACGUCCGACGGUUCUCUGAGGAGCGAGACCGUCUGGAAAGAGAGAAGGAGGAGGUGCGGAACACCCUGGCAGCACUGCGCCAGCAGAGGAGGGAGCUGAAGGAGGCGCUGUCAGCCUGCAUAGACACAGCACAGCAGCGCCCCCUGGAGGUGCGUGUGAAAGAGGCAGAAGAGGCCUGCCGUGUGGAGGAGAGGAGGCGGGUGGAGCUGGAGCUCCAGCUGGUGGAUGUGAAGGAGAAUCUAAAGAAGGUGGAGGCAGGACCCUUUACCCUCGGCACAGCGGUGGACUGCGGACUCCUGGACACAGGCAGCGCCUCCACGCCUAAGGCUCCAUCCUGCGCCUCCCCUGCAGCACCUUCCUCUAACUGCACAGAUACCUCCCCCGUCAACUCCGCCACAGCCCUUAAAAGUAGACCCUUGUCAAUCAUGGCAUCCAGCAAAGGCAACGUCCUCCAGAAAGCCAAGGAGUGGGAAAAGAAGGCCACAACCUAGCGGCCCACCACUUCCCUUCCAACCUGGUGCGAUCGCUGGCUGGGGCUUCUGCCAAAAGAAAAGCUCUCCAGAAACAAACAUCACUGGAGAAACUUCAUGUUAUAAAGAAGUCAUGUUGUGUUCUGACUGCCUUUUCUCUUUUUUAAAUUAUGUACACAGUUCAGAAUUUUUUUGUUAGUUUUUUUAUUUUGCCAACAGAUAUACCCCAGAUUGUCUACUCUCCUACAUCACAGAGAAUACCCCUCCCCAAAGGGUAGUCUUUUAGGCAUCAACAUAGCAGAUCUUUGCCCAUUUAAGUUGGCUCCAAGGUUGUAAAUACAUUUUAAGCAUCUGAAAUAUAAAUGUUCCCUUUGACUUCUUGAUGUACCCCCAAACGAAGGUGCACUUUUAUUCAAAUAAAAUUUGAUACUGAAAGCUUGAAGCUUGACAUUUCAA